AUACGAACGCAUUAUCAGUGAAAGAGAAGUCAGAAAAUAAAGGAAGAGGAAAGGCGUACUAUUCUCAAUCGAAGAGCUGUAUUUUCGCAGGUAUAGCAGCCCUUUGACAAACAGAAAAAAAAGAAAGAAAGAAGAAAAUCACAAACAUUGUAUUCUCCAAAUAUGGAAAAUCAAAGCGAUGAAAAACCUAGGAGCGAUCCAACGGCAGCACCAACAAUCCUUGAUCUAACGAGUUAUCAGUUUCACGAUCUUGACUCAGUGGAGCUUCCUCCCAGUCUCACCGAGUUAGACUUGACUAGCAAUCGUUUGUCGAGUUUAGACCCACGUAUUGGGCAACUCCCUAACCUCAAGAAACUCUCUCUUCGUCAGAAUCUCAUUACUGAUGCUGCUGUUGAGCCUCUUUCCUCUUGCCACCUCAUUUCUGACCUCGAGGAGCUAGUGCUUAGGGACAAUCAGCUGAAGAAAAUUCCUGAUGCUGCAAUAUUCAAGAAGCUUCUGGUAUUUGAUGUUUCUUUCAAUGAGAUAUCAUCACUUAAUGGAUUGUCCAAGGUCUCCACUACACUCAGAGAACUAUAUGUGUCUAAAAAUGAAGUUACCAAGAUGGAGGAGAUUGAGCACUUCCACGAGCUGCAAAUACUCGAACUUGGGUCCAAUAGAUUACGGGUUAUGGAGCUUCUGGAAAAUCUGAAAAAUUUACAAGAGCUAUGGCUUGGUCGCAAUCGUAUUCGAACUGUUAAUUUGUGCGGUUUGAAAUGCAUUAAAAAGAUUAGCCUGCAGAGCAACCGUUUAACUUCCAUGAUUGGGUUUCAGGAAUGUGUUGCCCUUGAAGAAUUAUACUUGAGCCAUAACGGUAUUGCAAAAAUGGAAGGUUUGUCUACCUUGGUAAACUUGCGGGUCUUGGAUGUAUCAGCAAAUAAGGUUACAGAAAUUAAUGACAUCGAGAACUUGACAAAAUUAGAAGAUUUGUGGCUUAAUGACAACAAUAUAGCAUCACUGGAAGGACUGGCAGAAGCUGUUUCCGGUGCUAGAGAGAAGCUAACAACCAUCUACCUUGAGCGAAAUCCCUGUGCACAAUCUCCGAACUAUACAAGUACUUUGAGACAAAUAUUCCCAAAUAUUGAGCAGAUUGAUUCUGAAGUCUACGCGUAGGUGCUUGGAUGUGGAUCUUAUGCAUAGUUGAUGCAAGAACCCCGCGAAUAAUCCGCUUUUGUCAGUUUUAUAUUAUCUGUAAGAUCCAGCUGGUGAGAUGCUGUAAAACCUGUUAUGGCAUUGUUUCCAGCUUCUCCAUCAUUUCCGGAUGCCGAAGUCCUGAAAAGAUGAAAAUACAGGUAGCUGCUAUGUAAUUACUGAUGAUGCAAUGACAUUUGCUUGUUGUUUUUUCCGUCUCUGAAGAUAUUUAUUUUGUUUGUCCUCGGACCACAAAGGAGUUCCAAUAUUGUACUUAUCUUUCUCCUCCAAAUUGGAAAUGCCGCUUUUUGGUGUUCUUUGUUGUGAACUGAGAGCACCAUACACUCGUAUAUCAACAGGGAAGCUAUAAGGGAAAAAUGUGUAAAUUGGAAUUUUACUGUUAAAUCCAAUUUUCAAAAUUUUGAUAUCCAA